AUGUGUCAGGUCAGAACUCAAAGCCUUCAACCAUUUUCGAUGUUACUGAUGAUGCCGUGUCUGUGCAAGAAAGGUCCAAUACUAUUGACGAGGAACUUGCACAAUUUUCUUGGCAAAAUAAGUAUGAGAACGACUCAGCAGUUCAAGAGAACUUUAAUCCAAACAAUCCCUGAGGAAACACUCGACAGCAAAAGGACUCAGUCGGCAGCCAUUGAGAGUUGCACAAAUUCCUUUCAGUUAUCCAGAGAUUGUACCCAUGAAGAGGAAGCCGUCGAUAGUCCAACAGAUACAAAUACUUCAUCUAAGACAAUUGCAGAAGAGUCUGCAGAAGCUAUCGAAUCCUUGAAAGGAACAAGAAGGAUUCACAGAGAUUCGCCAGAAGAACUCUUGCUCAUCACCAAAAGAGGAAACUUCUUCCAAGACUCAUUCUUCCUCGACGCUCACCGAGACUUCAGUGCCGCUCUCAGGCAGGUGUUGGGCAGGUGCAAUCAAGUCAACUUUGAGGACGACACUGACCUCCGCCACACCGAUAUCCUGGAACGCUACAGGCAGCUUCGGUCUCGCGAUCUGAGGGAAGAGAAUCAGGCCGCUAUCGUCACAUCAGACACUUGUAUGAAGUGGAGAUGUACAAGCGAAGUCGUUGAUGAGAAGGAGUUGGUCAUCAAGGGACUUGUGGUGAAGAAGGAAGAAGGAACCUCAUCCGAAACCUCUCACUCCUUCAGACGCCGCUUCUCUCUUCCACAGUUUACUAAAAUCACUUCUGUCAUGUCUUUAGAUGGCAUCCUCACAGUCACUGUGAUGUUUAAGGAAGGAAAUGUCGAGGCAAAUACUGCUGAAAACUCCAUUAAAACUGAAGCAAAACGCAGCCUCACUAAAGAAAUCAUUCACUCGAAAUCACCUUCACUUCCUGCUGAAAAACGUCUGCUUGAGACCAAGAAUGAAAACCAAAAUGGACUGAACGAGUAUAUGACGUCUCAGUCCGAGGAAACUCGUCAUUUCCCUCGAGAUUUCACGUCGGGAACAAAGACGCCUUAUCUUGAUUGCAGUUUCGAGGACAGCGAUAGACUGAGACGCUUUGGACAAGAAAGUGGCAGGGAGUCUCAAGAAACUAAUAAGUAUAACGUCACCGAAGACGCAAUUAUGGGAACGUCCUCUCGUUUGGCGAGUGGUUCUCUAUCUAACUUCACAGAGAAAUCUUUUCCUAUCACGAGGAAAGGACACUUCUUCUCCCAUUACUUCUUCCGAGACACAAGGGAGGAUUUCCAGAAGGCCGUUAGGGAAAUCCUGAGCAGAUGGGGAGAGAAGUCCUGCGGUGACGAGAUGACUUGCUACAGGAAACUACGAGCACGAAAUAUGAGGGAAGACACUCAGGCUGUGACGUCCUCGGAAGAUGAACGCCAUUAUAAGUUUGUCAUUGAUGUUCACGACUUUAUGGACGUUGGAGAGAUCAGCGUGAAGGCUGUGAACGAGCGAGAGUUGGUGGUCGAAGGUCACUUGGAGAAGAAGGAAGACGGUUCCAAGUCCAGCAAGCGGUUCCUUCGGCGCUUCGUUGUUCCUGGAGACAUUGAGCUUGAGGCUGUCAUUUCAGUCAUGUCUUCUGACGGUGUGCUUAAAAUUUUGGCUCCAAGAAGGUAGGUUAUCUGUAUAUAC